AUGGAAAAAUAUGAAAAAAUAUUAGAAUAUUUAGAGUAUAAUAAAAAUAGGAGUUGUGAUAAAUAUGAAUUUGGCAUGCAUGAGAUUGAUAAAAGAGAAGUUUUUAUAACUACAAAACAUUCAUACGGUUUUGUAAAUAAUAAGCCAAUAUUACCAGGUCAUAUAUUAUUAACUACAUUAAAAAAAAAAAAAAAAUAUAUUGAUUUAGACGUUGAAGAAAUUGUAGAUAUAAACUUACUAUCAAACUUUAUGUGCUACAUUAUGGGAAAAUUAUUUAAUACAACUAGCUUUUCUAUUGCAAUUCAAGAUGGUAAAGAAGCUGGGCAAACAGUAGAACAAGUUCAUAUUCAUAUAAUACCAAGGAAAAGUUCUGAUUAUAAAAAUAAUGAUAACAUAUACAAAGACUUAAAUAAAAUUAAUUCAGGUUAUGGAAGAAACAUAAUAUGUGAUUCUUGUCAACAUUCAAUUAAUGUUUUUUCGCAUAUUCCUAUAGAAGAAAAUUUUAAAUUAGAAGAAUUCAAUAUUUCAAUUAGAUCAAUUGAAGAAAUGGAAAAGGAAGCUAGUUUAAUUAAAUCAUAUAUACACAAUUUUUCUUUGCAAAAAUAA